AUGGAAGGUACAGCGUCCGCCAGGAAGCGACCCGCUGACGCCCUCGCAGAAACAGGCGAGUCUCCCUCAAAAAGGGUCAAAAGAAAGUAUGUUGAGCGUCCGAUAUGGGCUCAUCUGGCCGAUGGCAACCCGCGCCGUCAGCUUGAUAUUAAGACCGAUGUCAACAGCACGACCCCAAUACCAGCUAAGGCGUCGGAACCAAAUGCAAAGACUGAAGCAGUCGUCAGCACACCCAGGAUCACGAUCAAGCUGCCUGUCUCCGUAGACCGCGGUCCCGGCGAGAGAAGCCCAAGGAAGCAACGCUCGCCACUAAACCCGGAAACCGUGAAGCAAGCCAGCAGCCGUUGCAAUCCUGCUACUUGUCCACCGUCCUCAUACCUACCACAAGACGAUAUACCAACGCCGGCACUAAGCGUCCUCAAGUUGGCGGAUGGAAGCGCAAAUCAGUCGCGGCAACCUCUACCACAUCGAAAGCAGCAGUGCGAUGAGGCCAAAAAGAAGAAGCCAACUGCUUUACUGCAGAGCCAAGGUAACCACAGCGGAAGCGAGCAGAGCGACAUCCAGCGUCAAGCGGACACACGCUGUCGAAAGCAGAGGCGCCCGCCCACGGGUCCGGUUGUGAGUGGGUCAUAUUACCGUCCAGAUUAUGAACGUGGAAGGUCUUGGCAUCCGGAUGGCUGA